CUCUUUAAUUGUCAACUUGUAUACGUUAAAUUUAUAAAGAUAACCCUAGGAAGAAAUGUAAUUUUUUAUUUAUUUUUGUACGCUAAAUGAAAAGUGUUUAAUGUGUUGUGUGAAAUACUGAUUAUAUAAAAAGGUUUCUAAAAAUAUAGCUUAUAAACUGUAACAGGGGUCAGAUAUUUUUUUGUUCUACUCUACAAUUACAAAUAUGGCGGAGCAAGAUAGCAGUAAAGAUAUAAAGUUAUUAAAAAGGACAAGAAUUUCAGUUUUUGUCGACGAAGCCCUACCAGACAUACUAGUAGUUACAUUCGAAUUUGGUGUUAAAAUAUUUAAAGGGGUUUUACUUGAUUCUACCAAAAGAAACCUGCCUUGCGGGGUGCCCAAUGUAAACCCAGCGUUCAACGUUCCCACGAAAAACCCCGACGAUGACACCCUUUAUUCCGUUAACCAAAGAUUUGCUUACACCGACCCCACCAAUUCAAAGAAAAAAAACGUUCAAAUGCCAAGUAAAUAUAAAAAUAACAAGAUGACUGUUAGAUUAAGGCCACGCCAAGUAUUGUGUUCAAAAUGCAAGGGAAUUUGCAACGAGAAUUCGGAAAAUGUUUCUCGGAAACGGAAGAGUUCGGAGAACGUUCAGAGUUCGUCCCCGCCGCCCCCUCCUAGGAGGAGUGGAAACGCUCCCGUCACUAGAUCUGUAAAUAUUCAUUUAAACAAUAAGAGGACUUUGCGGGGUAAUUCUACUUUAGAGACCAGGUUGACAAGGUUGAACUACCAAGAAGAAAAUUCAGUAGAUAAGUCCAAUUUGGACAGCAACUCCAACAAGAGGCCCUUGGGGAGCACGCAGCAAGAAAAUUCACAAGAAACAGACAAAAACCAUUCCUCAGAGCAUUCCUCGGAUAGUUGUAAUACGGACGAUGCGGAAGCACCACCCCUAAAAAUAGUUAAGAGAAUAUUAAGGAAAAAGCGAAGCGUCAGUUCGGCAGAAGAGCAGUGGGAAGAAGCGGGUUAUCAAGAAGAUUUAAAUAGGAACAGCAACAUCGGCGUGCAAUCCAGCACCGGCACGAUGGACCCGCCUCCUAACCCUAACAGUAUUUCGACGACCAGCACGAGAACCAUUAAAAUAUCCUAUGGUCCCCAAGGUGAGGGCACCGUACUUAAAAUUCCCGCACAAAUAGACAGCAUAAAGGACGACGAUUCUGAAGAGAACGUCAACGUAGAACAACAGGGUAAUAAAAUCAAGGAGCCCGACAACAAAGCUGCACGCAGGGCAUUGAAAAAAGCCAAAAAGGAGGCUCGGAGGAAGGUCUUGCUCUCCGGGAGUUCACCGUUGUAUUUAGGAGGCGCUUCACCGAGGUAUAUGAUAGGUGGAUCUUCUCCUAGGUAUACGGUUGGAAGCGCGUCUCCUAGACAUGGUUUGGGUAACAACUCGCCGCGAUACAUGUGUACUUAUGAGCUGAAUGUGCCCAGGAGAAGAAAACACAAGAUGAAGCACAAAAAAAAACAUCGUGAGGAUAAAGAUCGGAGGCACAAGGAGGGGGAGGUCAGUUCAACACAAGACGACUCAAAGGAACAGUGUAUUACUCAAAAACUGUCCAUAAAUCUCAAACGACUCAACAACACUUAUACUUCUUCUACAACGUCUGAUAAGAUAGACGAUAACAUGUCUAGCUCCGAUGAACAUAACGAACAAUUUCCAAACUUUCCACCACCUAAUCCACCUCUGAUGCUGCGGAUCAAUGCCCAGACUGUAUCUAGUGCAAUGGGUGCAGACGGAGUUCGUCUAUUAGUCGGUGACGUGGUGUGGGGCAAAAUUCAUGGGUUCCCAUGGUGGCCUGGUAAAAUUUUAACGAUAACGAGCUGCGGAGCGCAAGGUCCCCAAGCUCAUGUAGCUUGGUAUGGCUCCUCUACAUCCUCAUUGAUGCAGUGUGAUCAGUUGAGCCACUAUUUAGAUAAUUUUAAGACUCGUUACAAUAAGAAAAAGAAGGGUCCCUACAAAGAGGCGAUAAAGCAAGCCACCACUGAAGCGAGAGAAAACGCAGAGAACAGGGUGAGGCAGCCCUUAGGAAAUUCGCCGUCACACAAUAUCAUCCAGGUUGUACCCCCUGCUCUGGCUUCUCCUAGGGAAAUAGAUGUUGUGUCAUAGGAACUGUAAAUAUAUUUAUAGGUGGACGUUCCCAGCAAAAUGGAUGUUAAAAUUCAUAGCUUCGGCUGCUCGAAGCUGAGAGGCGUACAUAGAACUUUCUUUGUAAAUUUUAAAUGGUGUUAUGCUUCUAUUUUUCUAAAUUCAUUUGAGAAUUGUGAUUUGAAGAUCUGCGGUCGUUUUCGUGCGGAUUCAUUGAAGGUUUGUGUCGGAUAAUAGAUUUUAUUACACGAGGAGGAAAAUUUGGUACAACAUUCCUCAUUUUUUCUUUUUAAUUUGUAAUACA